AUGACUCAUUCUUCCAUCAACGUAGCAGCGGCACUACUGUGCAAUGGGUGUCGAUGUCUUAGCUUCUCUGCUCUUACGCAGAUACUAACAGGAGCAACCACGGGAAGGUGCAUCGACAUCUGCUCCCGUAACCCUCUCACCACAAAGCUAGGGUCUUGUCUUGGUCGCUUUGUGGAUCACGGAAGGUCGAUUGGUAUUGAGAUGCCCAGUCCGGUCUCACCAAUCGCGAUCACUUACCUACCUAUUUAUACAUCGAUUGCCGAGAGUCGAUUGCCGAGAGUCGAACGCGAUCCCCAGUGUCACCCUUGGCUCUUCCCUUGGUCCUGGUGUUGCUCCGUUGCGCCUGUCCAACCCUUAUUUCCGGUAAUCCUGGCUGCCUCCAACUGGUCCCUGCUUGGUUUGUCCAGUCUCGCGUUCAACGGUGUUGGUCACAACCGGUCUCCUAGUGGACCAGAGGACGGAGGAAUCCUUUUCGGUUUCUCGCCAUAGAAAUAUGGUAGUGUCCUUUUGGUUGGAUGCCUUGUCUCCCGG